CCAGGAAACACAGAUUAGGCACAAAAUGGCGGCAUGCAGAUCUGCUCAUACACACAUACCUAAAAAGAGGUGUCGAGCCAUGCCCGCGAAACGACGGUGCGGACGGAAACACUCGUCUAGCUCCAAUUGGAGGGCUGAGGACGCCUUUGAGAAACUUGGGGUUGUUUACCAUGGUGUUGACUCUGAUGAAGGUUAUAAACACCUUCUUCAUUCUCCUGAUACGGGGGCUAAUAUUCCACGUACUGAUGUGUCGAGUGAUGAUGGCCUAUGUACGGAUCUUGGUAUUGACCUGGUUGUAAUGUAUCGAAAACUCAUGCAGGAGUUAUUAGACUUUGAUGAUGCAUCAAGUGAAGUCCUGAAAUUACUCACUCGGGUGGUGCCCCGUGGAUCGCGUGGGCCAUUUCGUAGUCCACGGCGCAAUGAGAGUGAGUCUGAUGGUGGCUCUGAUACAGAUGGCAGUGCCAGUGAUGAUGAUGGAGGAGAAAAUGUCGUCAGUCUUGAUGAUCAUCCUGUUGCAAGUUCUUCUGGAGGUGCAAAGGACCUACAUGCCCAGUCGGUUGGUUCAGGUUGCCAUGAUGAUGAUGUGGCCAUAUCAACAGCAUCUGCAGUGACCAAGCCGACUAGUCUAGGUCCUGGUCUGGGAAAUCCAGGGUUGCCAAAUCUCCCAGCUGCUCGAGCUCGGACAAACAGUUCGUCAUCUUGCGAUAGUGGGAGCACGUGUAGUGUCAGCAGUAAGGACGAUGCUCUCAAUGCAUUUCUUGACAGUUUGGCCGAAAGCAAGAAGAAAAUUAGGACAAAAAAGGAUAUGUUAAGACCCAUGCACAAAUUUGGGUCCUGGUACUCUUCAAGAUGUGACUGCCUGCUGCGUUUUGUCUCAUGGGUGUUGAAGUUAGUCCAGCUUGCUUCUAAUAAUCAACAAAUUGAUGAGGAUUCCUUCAGGCAACUUUUCAUCAACUUUGCAUUGAUAUUCAAUAUGGAAAUAAGGCUGGUAAAUUCAAGAAACCCACUUAUACUUCAAGGCAGAGAAGUGGAUGCAAAUCCAGACCUGCUUUAUGAGAAGUACCCUGAGGUUACUGCAAUUGCACCCAAGCAAAUAUUUUCUGUAACUGUUGCAGAGUGUAAAGGAGAGGCCAAACCUAAAAAAGUAAAACUGCAACGUCCAGCUGCAAAUUACCCUCCACAACGGGAGAAAAGACCUCAUAGCUUGAUUGCUCAAGACAGUAUUGCAGCUGACUCAACCAUAUUCCCCAGUGAUUUGAAAGGACAACAUGCCUGCCAGUUAGUUAAUGAGCUAGGAUAUACGUACAUGCCAAACAAGAAUUGUAUGUUAGGAUUUGUUGUUCAAGGUACCAAGGUUCGCUUGACUUGUUUGAUAAUGGAUAGAGAACUCAACAAACGUAUUAGAGAGCCAGAGUUUGAGGCAUUGCUGGAACGAAGCGAAGCGAAGAUUUACUUCACAAAAACAUUUGAUAUGCUGCAGAAGCAAGGUCGACAACACCUUGCCUAUAUUAUGGUGACUUUAUCAUCUUUUGCUGGUGAUUCAAAUAUUAAUUAGAUAAUGGGGAAAUUAAAAGUAAAAUGGGCUAGAGAGGUUUUGAAGUUGUUACUACAGAAUCGAGGAACCUCCUUGUUGUUUUUUUAUCUUGAUCUCUUGCUUUUAUUCAAUUCAAUAGGUGACGGUAAAUAAAAUUUUGAACAUCGGUCUUGCCAAGCUGCGUCCCUCUGAUAACCCAGUGUUGUAGCUUAAGAUGCCGAUGCCUUUUUUGUAUCCAACUUCCAAGGAUUUUUUUUUCUUCGUAAAUUUAUGGUUAAGAAGCACAGGUUUUGCGCUUGUCUUCGAGUGUAAUUUGAUCUCAUUGUUUUAAAAUAGACUAUUUCAACCCCAAAUAGCACCUAUUCCUGGUGCUUAACCCAUACAUGUAUGCACCUAUCAAUCAGCAUCUUCAACCCCCCCCCCCCCCCCCCACCGUCUACGUCUCUUUUCAUGCUGUUAGUGUUAGCAAGUCAUGUUGAUACAAUCUUGGUGAAUCACCCUCUGUAUUCGAACUGGGUCAAUAACCACUCCCUUCUUGCCACUGUCUGAACUGUUUUGUCAAGGAUGUUAUUAUUUCCUUUAGCGUCAAAAUAAAAAGUGUUUAUUCUACGAAAGUGUUCCUUCAUGUUUUGAUAUUCAACGGAUUACAGAUGAAAGAAAUUAUGUUAAAUCAUCAUUUUUUUUACCAUGUACUUGUGUAAGAUAACAAAAUCUCCAGUCUCCACCAGGUUGAUUGAUUGUCCUUUGAGGGUAAUUUGGAUUCACCUGCAACUGAACAUAAAAUGUUUCAUUUUUUUUCCGGUUUCACAAUGAGGUGAAUCUUUACCUAAAAUCAAAGGAUGCUUUGUGAACCGGUGGUGAAUAUUUAGCUGAACACUCCAAGAACGAACAUAGAAUGUCGGAGGAGCAAAUAUUUCUGUUAGGUUCUUCUGAGCUAUUGAUUGCCAUGAUUGCUUCUAUAGAACUAUAUGCAUAAAUCUGUCAGAAUACAAUAGAGCCUGUCGUCACUUUUUCCAGUGCCCUAGCGAUUAAUUUUUUACACGUUACACAUGGCUACUCUGUGGUCCCAUACAUGCCUUAGGCCAGCUUUUGUUAUUCAUGUUACAUGUAUAUGAGAUAGUAGUAAGUUGCAUGAUUUAGUGGCCAAUUCAAGUGUAAGCUUCGGAAAUAUAAUUAUGUAGGUAAUAUUUGAGGAAAAUCCCGUUGACGUUUCGUAGCUGGCUGGGCAGCAUGCAAUGCAUCUGGGUGUCACUAACUUCAUCAUGGCCACGGCACUAGGCAUUACACCUUUCCCAGGAAAUUUGCGUUGGUUUGUCAAGAUUUAAUACCAUUAGUGAAACAUAUCUCAAUUCUUCCUGCCCCAUACUUUAUCACAUAGCAGGCCUAACCUUAAUCAGGUAAACUCAAGUUCUGAUAAUAUGUGUCUACUUACCAUCUCAGUGAUUCUUUUUGAGAAUCCGACAAAUGAAGAUGCGGACGUUUUUUAGGCAGAUCGUCCAUUUUUUCCGUAAAAAAGAAACUUCUUAAAAAUCUUGUCACUUCCAUGUAGCAUUAAACCUGACAACAUAUAUCAUUGACCUCGCAGGGCCAUGUUGCACGCGUCGCCUUUGAUCCGAAUAAAGACAUCCAUCCUCCGCACAUGACAAGUUUCAUAAGUUCCAUCCCUGGUUGUAUAGACUGCCAUGUCAAUGAAAUGACUAAGAUUGUGUCAUUUAGUUUUCAGCAUUUUAAUGCAGAUAUUUUAUGGUAAACUCUGAGACAUCGUUAGAAUGGUGUAUCAAAUCGUUAACGUUGCUCACAACAAAGAUCGUGGUUUGCAUCAACCUGAAAUACGGUACUGAUGGCUGUGACCUAAUAACAGUACUGGCAGAGAGAAAUAAAUAACAUUUCCGCAUGGAGAAUGCUUAACCUCAUGACAACCGCAUGACAGAGUCGUUUUAAGUGGACACUGUAUAUAACAAGCUCAUCUGCUUAUGAAUGUUCAUCAACAAUAAAGGGACUCAUCAACAGAGUA